GAAAACAGGUGCCCGGAAUUGCCAGAGGGUGUGCAGUUACCUAUAGCAAGUAUGGAGGUAUUUAAUAACUUUCUGCUUGCUUUGGACAAUGAUGCCCUUUUUGUAUCUCUGGCUUCAUACUUAUCCUUCAGAAUUGGGCAGAACAAUGUUGUAGAUAGGCUACUGACAUUUCUCCUUAGUGAUAUUUUCUCAACUCAGCUUAAUUGGGCUGGUCGCAAUGGGAAAAGAGCCGUAAAAAAAACCAAAUUUGUGGAAUUCAUUAAGUAUACUGUUGAAAAAAACUUGAAGAUUGCGGAUGAAGUGGUAGAGACAAAAAUUAAGUCCUGGUUGAAACAUUCCUCGGAUCGACUGAAGAGAGAGAGAAAUAAGAACUAAAGCAGUAUAUAUUGUGUAAAUAUUGUUAUCAACUUGUACAUU